AUGUUUGACCGACUCAGGGACAAGCUUCACAUCCACAGACACAAGAAGGGUGAAAAACAGGCCAUACCUAAACCAACUAAGCCAGAGCAAGAAGGGAAUGAGAAAACUCCAUCGGCAGCAACCGCGCCCUCUCAGCCGGCUCCCCAGCCCGCAGCGGACGCACCGCCCGCCAAGCCACCCGCCGAAGUACCCGCCGAAGAGAAACCAGCGAAGCAGCCAGAUGCUCCAAAGGAUCUGUGGGUGGAGGCUCUGAACUCCUUGCCCGAAUCAAAGCAGGAGACGUUAAAGAAGAUGGGUUUCAACAAAGACACCGCCCAGUCUGUAUCAGUUGAAUCCAGCAUCAACGAUCUCGUGGGAGUGGUCAACAAGAGACAGGAAGAGUGCGAAAAGAAGUUCUGGAAGGUGAAAGUUGGCGAUGAAGAGAUCGUCCUGAGGAACUAUACCAACAAGAUUGUCGACUGGCUCGAGAAGGCCGGUGACAUUGCCGUGCAAUUUGCUCCACCUCAAGCUGCUAUUCCAUGGGCUGUCAUUAAAUCUGUUAUGCAGAUCCCUGUUAUUGAAGGUGAGCAAAUGGCCGCUUUGCUUGCGACCACUGAGAAGAUUGUUCGGGUGAUUAGUCGUGGCCAAGUUUAUGAAUCUGUAUAUCUCAAGAAUGCCACCGCUACUCCCACGGACAACCUUUCCAAGAACCUUCAAUCCGCAUUGACCACAAUCUAUACCACAUCACUGGAUCUGCUGGCCGAGUCGGGUAGUCUGUUUUCCAAGAACACUGCUACGCGUACCCUGCAAGCGCUUAUCAAUCCGGGCAAGGUCUCUGGCGAUCUUUCCGCUAUUAGCGAACAAGAGGAUGACCUUCUGCGCGAUGUCUCCGCGUGUGAAGUUAGACGCAGUGCGAACGCAGAUGAUAGCAUGAUUGGAAUGCUGAAUGCUCUGAAUGCCCCCAUGAAACGUAUGGACGAAGGCAUUCAGCAUCUCCUUCAAACUGUGGAUGAAGAAGAACGCAUUAAGAUGUUGGAAUGGAUUUCACCAAUUCCCUUUGGAAAGAACCACAACAACGUCAAAGAAAAGAGGACACCUGGCACGGGUGGAUGGUUGCUGGAGCAUGAGGGUUUCAGCAAGUGGGAGCAGAGCAACUCUUCUAUCUUCUGGCUUCAGGGAUCCCCGGGUACCGGAAAGACUUUCCUCACAUCCGUCGUCGUCGACCGAAUCCAGGACAAAAUAAGUGAGAAUCCGAAGGAUGAGGGCUUUGCAUUCUUUUACUGUGACAAGAACGAAACGAGGCGUUCGCAGCCACUGUCCAUUCUUCAAAACAUCGUUCGCCAGCUCUCGACAACCGCGAAGAACCCCGAAGCUACCCAAACAAAGCUUCGUGAGUUAUAUUCGAAAUGUCGCCAAGGAGGGACAACAUUUAGUCUAGAGAUUUGCAAGGAGCAGAUCCGGGCCUCCCUGGAUAUUUACGAGCAAACCACAAUUGUGAUCGACGCCAUGGAUGAAUGUGAUCCUGAUUCCCGCGAUGAACUGAUUGAUGCUUUGAACUCUUUCGUGUCCGAGUCCAACAGCAAUCCUGUUAGGAUCUUCAUUUCCAGCCGACCAGACCCCGAUAUUGAGAACCAGCUGGAGAACACCCCCAAUAUCGGCAUCAAUGCAAGUGACAACAAGAGUGACAUCGAGAAAUAUCUCUCGGCAGAGAUGGACAAGCUUGCCAAGAAGGCUCCUUUCUUCGGACGUUUGAAAUCGAAGGUCAUCGAUGCUUUGCUCGAACGCUGCCAGGGAAUGUUCCAAUGGGCUGCUUUGCAGACUCAUCAGAUUCAAAAGUGCAAGACCGAGUCCAGUGUCUGGAAGCGACUUGAAAAUCUGCCGGAUGACCUCCAAAAGGCCUACGAUGAGGCAUGGAGUCAAGUGGAAGAAUUGGAGGAACCGGAUAAACUGCUCACAAACCGUGCCAUGUUGUGGGUGAUGGCGGCAGAGCGGCCAUUGUCCACCUCCCAGCUCCUCGGUGCUGUUCGCGUGAACACGAAUGGAGAGGAACCUGCACUGGCCGACGAAAUCGACGAGCAAGGUCUACUGUCGCUCUGUAACAAUCUCCUCACCAUCGACUCUCAGCUGAAAGUGUGGCGAUUCGCUCAUUUGUCAGUCCGCGAAUAUCUCGAGACCAAAAUGCAAUGGACCCUUCCAUUGGUGAACUUCCACGCCGCCAGUGCCUGUUUAACAUGGCUUAUCACCAAGUAUGGCAAGGAGGAUGAUGAUGAUCUCAAUUUGGAAGACUGGGAAUCAAAGCCAACUGAGGUCUUCCAUCUCAUGCAUCCAUUCCAUAUAUACAUUAGACAUCACUGGGCAAAGCAUAUCCAGGCGGCACAGGAUGACGAAGAGGCUACCCUGUCAUCCCUCUUGAAGACUUUCCUCGGAUCCCCCGAAGACAGCAGCAAACAGUACCAAAAAUGGUAUGAGGUUAUUCAACAGGAAUUAGACAGGAUCACCGACGCAGAAGACUUUAACCUCUGCCUUGCGGCAGGUGGCUACGACGAAGAAUUCAAAGAUACAUGCGACUUCAACCAGGCACCUCAUCCGGAAUGGAGCGAGUUCGAAAGCGAGUUAGGCCCGGCAGACAAGGCCAUUUUUGCGAUGUGUCAUCUCUCAUUCAGUGCCAUUCUGUCAGACUGGUGGCAGGAUGUCAAAGAUGUCUCUCAUGUGAACGAAAGAGGCCACAAUAUUCUCACGCUUGCUGCGCGGGCGGGAUGCACACCCAUUUGCAAGAUUCUGAUUGAUAAAGGUGCAGAGGUAAAUUUGCCGGUUGAGGGUCGAACAUAUGGCAGCGCUCUUGUUGCCGCCGCCCACCGGGGGCACACUGAAACUGUCAAGUGCCUGGUCGAGGCAGGCGCCGAUGUGAACAUGUUUGUGCAGCAUGGCUUCCAUAAAACUGCUCUCAUCGCAGCGCUGUUCGCCGGAAAUCUUGGGACCGCCAAAUACCUGGUCCAAGAGGCACACGCGGAUGUGAACCAAACGUAUACCCCGGAAGAUCAAGAUGAUGACGAAGAAGACUUUGAGCCAAUCGUGCUCCUCACCCCAGUUGGCCUGGCAGCAAAGAUAAACAAUCUCGAGAUUCUUGAGCUUCUGGUGAAUUCUGGAGCCAACGUGAACGUGCCAGAGCAAUCCGGAAAUCCCCUUGCCGUCGCUAUCCGAUUUGGCAAUAGGCAGGGUGCGAAAUAUCUUAUUCAGAAGGCAAAGGCUGAUGUGAAUCUGCCGAUGGUUGAGUCGAGUUUCGUCACAAUCCUCGAACGAGCAGCAGCCGAUGACAGAAAUCUUGAAAUCGUCAAAUGCUUAGUAGAAGCGGGAGCCGAGGUAAACCCGGCAGAGUACGGCAGUCAGGGCACACCUCUCGGGGCAGCAGCAUACGGAAGCUACAAGAGCAAGGGAGGAAGCAUGAUUGAGAUUGUCAGAUACCUUGUUGGAGCCGGCGCGAAUAUCCACAAAGGGGAUGAUGAGAACAGCCCCGUUUCACUGGCAGUAGAUGCUAGAGAUAUCAAAGUCCUGAGAUACCUGGUCGACUCAGGCGCAGAGCUGGAUGUUCCAAAGGAAUACAAAAAAGCAGUUGAAUACGACGACUUCUCUGAGGGUAUCAGGUACCUGGUCCAGAAGGGUGCUGAUGUGAACAUGCGACUCUCGGGAGAUUAUGGCAGUGUUCUCGAAAAGACAUCAGCAGAGGACAGAACUCUUCAAGUCACCAAGGCCCUGGUUGAAGCAGGAGCAGACGUGAACUUGCUCUCCGAAAGUCGGGACUAUGGAAGUCCUCUUGCGGCGGCCGUUGCGUCCUGGAUCGGUGCCGACAUGGACACAGUCAAGUACCUAAUCCAAAAGGGGGCUGAUGUCAAUUUGUCGCUUCCGCAUGGGAGGUAUGGCAAUGCUCUCAUAGCAGCAGCGGCAAGGGCAUACAAUGUCGAGGCCGUCAAGUACUUGAUCAGAUCAGGUGCGGACGUGAAUGCAUCACCACAGCAUGGGGAGUACGGUAGUGCUCUCGUGGCCGCCGCUGCAUGUGAUGAAACCGUCGAUACUGUCAAGGCUUUGAUGGAAGCAGGAGCAGAUAUCAAACGUACCUUUGAGAAAGGCGAGUAUGACUGUGUUCUUGCAGCAGCUGUGACCAACGUUCACACUCAGCUCGACAUUGUUGAGGCCGUCGUGGCCGCCGGAGCAGAUGUCAACCAACCAUUCAAGCGUGGGAAGUACGGUAGUGCUCUUGCUGCUGCUGCAUACCAAGGGAAUGUUGAGAUCGUGGAACUUUUGCUUAAAUCUGGUGCUGAUGUGAACAUGCACCUUGAGAACGGAGACUACCGCACUGCCCUUGCAGCAGCAGAAGCUGGGGAAGAUGAAGAAACGGUGGCGGUACUCAAGAAGCAUGGGGCAACAGCUUGA